CUCUCUCUCUCUCUCUGGCAGGUUUACAUAGCUGAGGGUAUAAGCUGCUGUCUAUUUUUGGAAUUCAUAGUGGCCAUUUUUUUUUUCUCGUUCGCUCACUUGGUAUUCUCCCCCUUUGUGUUGAUUGAGAUUUUUAGAGCGAUAUGUGCUGUUUUUAUUCAUGUCAGAGGGAGGUUUGUCCAAGCUGCGAGCAUCGUAGCAUCUCAUUAAUCGCCACCGUAUAGAUUUUCGCUUCUCAAUGGAAGACAUCUUCCCACUCGCUGCGAGAGACGGAGUGAAGCACAGUUUGCAUUCGCUUCGCAUCUGUGUUCCCAUCCACGAGCGAGGGACUUUUUAUAAAUGAAGAUUUGAAGAAAAAAAAAAAAAAAAAAAGUAGUAGGAAGUAGCCCACCGGCCGGGAGACGAACCUGUCAGCCUGUAACGCUGAAGGGCUUAGGCUACAUACAAUCAGGGACCGAACCGUCCGUGUUCACGCCCUGGACCCUGGACAGCAGGACGGCUGGGAAGCGCUUUCACAUUUUGACCGUGUUUGCUCAGCAGCAAGGGGGUCAAGGUGUGAUACAUGGAUCUCACAAGAAGAGCCGAUUAAUUAGAAGGUUCGACUUCCUCCACAAUUGAGACACUUUGGUCCUCUCAAAGCUCUUUGUCUCGACCAAUCAAAGAGCUUUCCCCCCACUGCUUCCCACUGCUAACCGUUGUGCAGACAUCAUGGGUACGGUGCUGUCUCUGUCUCCCAGCUACCGCAAGGCCGUGCUGUUUGAGGACGGCCCGGCCACUGUAGGCCACUACACAGCAGUCCAGAACAGCAAAAACGCUAAGGAUGCUGCUGCAGCAGCCGGAAAGUCCCUCAAACGCCCUUCUAUCAUCAGUGUGUUGCCAUGGAAACGCAUUGUGGCUGUAUCGGCGAAGAGGAAGGGCUCCAAGAAGUUGCAGGCAGAGGGCGGGGACGGUGGGAAAGGGAGCCCUCUGGAUGGCCACGCCACAGCCACGGCCAACUCAGCUUCCAGUAGCCUGAAGCUGAAGAAGUCUCAGUCCUGUGCUAACCUCUCCUCUUACUCCUCAAGCCAGGACCCCUCGGCCACUACCACCACUACCUCCUCCAACCUGCCCGUCUCCAAGACCUUGGCUAACGUAGCUACUGUUGCUGCCAAAAAGAAUUCCAUCACAGGUUCCGGGAUCCAAACGUCUACCGCAACUGGCACACCAAAACGUGUCAUUGUCCAGGCCUCCACCAGCGAACUGAUGCGCAGCCUGGGUGAGUUCCUGUGCCGCCGGUGCUACAGACUGAAGCGUCUAUCCCCGACCGACCCGGUGCUGUGGCUGCGCAGCGUCGACCGCUCCCUCCUGCUACAGGGCUGGCAGGAUCAGGGCUUCAUCACUCCGGCUAAUGUGGUCUUCCUCUACAUGCUGUGCCGCGAUGUGGUCUCAUCCGAGGUGGCCUCAGAGCGCGAGCUGCAGGCCUCACUGCUCACCUGCCUCUACCUUUCCUACUCCUACAUGGGCAACGAGAUCUCCUACCCGCUGAAACCCUUCCUGGUCGAGGCGGAGAAGGAAGCCUUCUGGGACCGCUGCCUGGAGAUCAUCAACCGCAUGAGCGGCAAAAUGCUCCAGAUCAACACCGACCCGCACUUCUUUACCCAGGUGUUUGCUGACCUGAAGAACGAGAGCAAGAAAGAAGAGGAGAAGACCAAACUCCUCAUAGGGCUUGACCGAUAAGAGGGAGCUGGGAGGGGGAAGGAUAGAUAGAAAGAUAGAAGGAGUUAAUAGGUUGAGAAGGGGUGGACUAAUGUAAUGCAGCGUAGGGAUACCUUGGUGCAGUACUGUUGUCUGGCGUCUCUACUAGUUCAUCAUUUACCAAAUGUCCUGUUGUAACCCAGAACAAAGAGCUUCUGGGAGUAACCACAGUGUUUUAAUCAUCCGAGUUUGGGUAAUGAGCAGAAUUUUCCGCAGAUUUCCUUCAAAUAUAUAUUUUUUUA